CAGAAUGGCCUGUGAUCUGGUCGCAAAGAUGGCAUCCUCCGCCUCUGCUCGGACUCCGGCAGGGAAGCGAGUGGUGAAUCAGGACGAACUGCGACGGUUGAUGAAGGAGAAGCAGCGUCAGAGCACUAACCGGAAACGGAUAGAAUCUCCAUUCGCGAAGUACAACCGUUUGGGGCAGCUGAGUUGUGCCUUGUGUAACUCGCCGGUUAAGAGCGAGCUCCUGUGGCAGACUCAUGUCCUGGGAAAGCAGCACCGAGAGAAAGUGGCCAAGCUGAAAGGCGCGAAGGAAGGCAUCCAGGGUCCGUCGGUCAGUGUGGCGCCUCAGUCCGCCAAGCGGAAGGCACCGGAUGCAGAUGGCCGAGAUGCGAAGAGAGCGAGGGCCCCCUCGGUGCCUCAGGUACUGCCUUCCACAUCCGCUUUGUCCACCAACUGUGACAAAACAGGAAAGGAGUCCACUAGAGCGACUGCCAGUAAGCCUUCGGGACUCGGUUUACUCCCUGAUUAUGAAGACGAAGAGGAGGAGGAAGAGGAGGAGGGUGGAGGAGAAGGAAAAGCGGGGGACGCCAACGAGCCGCGCGACGCAGAGAACAAGGACCACUCACUUUCCUCCUUGCGGGAGGCAACAAAUAGUGCGCUGCCACACCAUUGCCUUAAUACAAAGCCUCCCAAGGCCCCCUUAAUUCCUCAUUCAGGGUCGAUUGAGAAAGCAGAAAUACAUGAAAAAGUGGUGGAAAGAAGAGAAAACACCGCGGAAGCAUUACCAGAAGGUUUUUUUGACGACCCUGAGGUAGAUGCAAGAGUUCGGAAGGUUGAUGCCCCAAAGGAUCAGAUGGACAAAGAGUGGGACGAAUUUCAAAAAGCCAUGAGGCAGGUCAACACUAUUUCUGAAGCCAUAGUUGCUGAAGAGGAUGAAGAGGGACGGCUGGACCGCCAGAUUGGGGAGAUCGAUGAACAGAUAGAAUGUUACCGUCGGGUAGAAAAGCUGCGGAAUCGCCAGGAUGAAAUAAAAAAUAAGCUUAAAGAGGUUCUGACCAUACAAGAACUACAGAGAAAGGAAGAGGAGAAUGCUGACAGCGAUGAUGAGGGAGAACUACAGGAUUUGUUGUCUCAGGAUUGGAGGGUGAAAGGGGCUUUGUUAUAAGGUUUUAAAGACCCAAGAUUUCUAACAGCCUCUGCUAUUGUUUUAAAAAUGUUGUCUCCUAACUGGAUUGUUGAGAUAAAAUGAGCCAGUGAGUAACAGCAAUUUAGAAAAUUGGUGUAAAAUGUUUUUGAGAUACACUUGUUUUUGAAAUUUUUUAAGUGUUGUAUUCCAAACUGCCAAGUUUUCAAACAUCCAGGCUUAACUAUAAUUUUGAGUUGUAAAAUGUGUGUUAUAAAUAUUAUACAUAGUUAACUAUAUAUUUACUUAAGUAAUUCUGUUUUGAAAUUUAUAAAUUAAUAUAAGUCAGACCAACAGACAAGCUUGUAGAGGAAUACUUGGUAUACUAUUUGGGAUGUAUGUCUUUUUCUGACUCCUAAAUCCAACUCGAAGGGUUGGGUUUUUGUGGUGUUUUUUGUUUUGUUUUUUAAAAUACUGCUCAUAAACACGUAAGUCGUUUUAGGUUAAUCUGUUCUCUAGUUGAGUAUUUUAUUUUCAAAACAUAAUUUAGGAGAACAUCGAGAAAAAUAUGUAUCAAACAUAACCAAUCUCUUUCAUCCAAAGUUUCUCUUGCCUAGACCAGUAAUUCAGAUGGAGGUGCACUUGAGAACCAUCUAUGAACGUUUGAAAAAAUGCAAGUGCCUAAGUCCUUCCCUUAGAGAGAUUCAGUAAUCUGGGGUGGGACCCAAGCAACUGUAUUUAUGAAAAUUCCAAGUUUAUUCUAAUAUACGCCAAAGUUGGAGAGCAACUGCCCUAAAUCCAGAACCCAUUUAUAUUUUUUCGGGCUUUGCUUUUUUUAUAAAUAACACAUUCCAUAAAUUUAUUGUUUACUGAAUGAACGAAAUACUACCUUUUAUUUCUAUUAUUUAAGCAUGCCAAAAGGUACAAAGAUGAGAAUGAAAGAAAUAUUAACACUUAUUAUUUUGUGGUAAAUUAGAGUUAAUAGUUACAGGUUCUUUAUUAUAAGAGGGAUAUUUAGGUUGUCUUUCCAGCAGUAAUAAUCAGCUUGAACUGGUCAGUGAUGGUUUAAAUAACUCCUCCCUUUGAAAACUGAGGUAUUGAAAUGGAAAAGAGCAGUGUUCCCAGAGAUAAAAAUGCAUACAGCAUAUUCAAAUAAAAGUAAGCAGUAAUAAUAGCUAAGACUUGUAUAGUUCUUAGUAUAGGCUAGGCAGGGUUCUAAGUAUUUUAUUAACUCAGUAUAGUUUCACUAAAGCCCAGGUUUGAAGGACCAGAGUACCAAGAGAUAAGGUUUGAAAAACCUUGAAUGCUAGGUGAAAGAAUUCUUCCUGCAGGCACUGUGGAAAUAAACUGGAGGUUUUUGAGUAAAACAUUAUAUUGGCAAAGAAAUAUGGAAGAUUAUUCUUGUUGCAGUAUAUAGAACAGAAUGAACACAGGAAGGGGAGAAGGAAGCUGGGAGACUACUUGGAAGUGCCGAUAACACCAAGGCUACGGGUUCGGAUCCCAUAUAGAAAUGGCCAGUUAGCUCACUGGGUGAGCGUGGUGCUGACAACACCAAGUCAAGGGUUAAGAUCCCCUUACCGGUCAUCAAAAAAAAAGACAAAAGCAAGGUGAGUAAGACUUUGAUUAGAUAUGAUUUAGGGAAAAAGGAAUAGAAUUGAAAGGAUUUCACAGGAAUAGCUAACAUUUUAGUGACUAGAAGUUGAAGAAGAAAAACAGGAGGGAUAAAGAUGGGACUCAAGGGUUAUUUUGUUUGUUUUUAGUGUCAAUGCCCAAAAGAAGUUAUCUAACACUUACUGAGAAGUUGAUGCAUGCCACACAUUAACUGUCCUACUGCCUCUGGCACAGUCUUGGCUUUCUUGAUCUACCAGCUGAUCAGUGAUAAUAACUUCAGUUUGAUGACACAGAGGGCUUUCCUUCCUCAAAUGUAUGAACCCAUACUUACAAUUUUCUUUCAUUCAUCACUUUAUUAUUUCAGCAUGCAAAAAAGUACAAAGAUGGGUUUGAAUGGUGGGCCCAGUUCUGUCUCGGCUAAUGAUGUAGAAGAUCACUGUCCAAUAAAAAUACAAUGCAAGCCAUAUAGGAGUAUAUAUUUUAAAUUUUCUAAUAGCCAAUUAAAGAGUC